AUGGUAGAAGUUAAAUAUUAUAUUCCAAACAAGUCUAGAAUGCUUGUUACGCUCCUGAACGAUAAGGAUGUUCAGAAUAUGCAUCAAAUACAUGUCAACUUAAAUGCGCCGGUGAUUGAGAUGGUUGUUAGUCAUAUUCCAUGCUUGACCGAGGCAGCUGAUGUAGUAAUUGAUAUAAGUUUAUAUCUUUGUUGUAUUGCAUAUUUCACUGGGUUAGUGGUCCAUCCCAAAAUGUUGAGUGUAGUUGUAGAUCUAGAAAAUUUUCAAAUGGUAGCUCAAGAGUUCAAUGAUGUGGAAACUCUUCGCGACGCGAUUCGCAACUUCUGCAUUGCAAAUUAUAGAGAUUUUGUGUUUGUGAAGAACAAUCCUCAGCGAGUGACCGUGGAAUGUGCAAACGAAGAAUGUGAAUGGCGAAUCCAUGCUUCCCGACUUGGAAAUCAAGAAAGAUUUGCAAUUAAAAAAUUGAACAGUCAGCAUACAUGUGGCGGAGGGUUGCAUGUCCGGUCGCAUCCUAAGGCUUCGAAACAUUGGGUUUCAAAUAUUGUUAAAGAUAAACUUCAAGAUAUGCCGUUAUAUAGGCCGACUGAUAUUGUAAAGGAUAUUCAUCGAGAAUAUGGUGUUGAAUUGCCGUAUCAUCAAGUUUGGCAUGGGAAGGAGGUGGCUAUGAAGGACCUUUAUGGUCACAGAUCAAAAUCUUAUGAUCGGAUACGCUGGUAUUGCAAGGCCAUUAUUGAGACCAACCCCGGCAGCAUAGCGGAGUAUGAAACCAUUGGAGGUCGAUUCAGAUGCUUAUUCAUUUUAUUUCAUGCUUCAGUAAUGGGUUUCAUAAGAGGAUGUAGACCUCUGAUUUUUAUGGAUGGAACAUUUAUAAAGCAUAAGGAUGGAGGUGUAGUACUUGGCGCGACUUCCAAAGAUGCAAACGGCGGUAUAUUUCCUAUUGCUUAUGGUGUGGUAGAUACAGAGACUGAUGAUAAUUGGGAAUGGUUUUGUCGGAUUUUGAAAGAAGCAAUUCAUAAUUGUAGUGACUAUCAUGGUGAGCAGUUUACAUUUAUGAUGGAUAGACAUCAAGAAAUUAUUAAAUCAGUGCCGAAGUACUUUCCUAGUAGUUAUCACUCAUAUUGUUUCCGUAACGUGAAAGAUAACUUCAAGAAUCAGGUGCUUGUCCAUUAUUGUGCAAGUGAGAAAAAGAUGCUGCUUGAUUUACUAAAUAUUGCUGCAUAUACUUCAAGGCUGAAUGUUUUCCAUAAAUAA